AUGACUGAUGAAUUAUCAUUAGUUAAUAAAGUGGAAUUAAGAAUUGCAUUAGCUGAAAGUGAUGAGCAACUAGAAAAGGUUUUGAAUACCUAUAUACCAGCAUUGUUACUCAAACUUUCCAGUACUAAUUCACAAGUUAGACAAGCUAUUUUAAAAAUAAUCCAACAUGUAAUACCUAGAAUUAAUGCUGCAAGAUCCAUUAAACUACCAAUUAUCCCUUUAAUCAAACAAGUUCAAGUACCAAAUGUUGAAGAUUCAUUAACAAUGAGGUUAUACUCAACUUUAUUCAUUUCGAGAGGUGUUGAUAGAUUAAAUCAAGUAGAAAAAGAUGAAUUGAUACCACUCAUAAUAAAAGAUAUAAGUCAAUAUCCAGAAAAGAUCGCAGCUAGAAUAUUUAACAUAUUAUGCAAGUUGUUAGCUAAUUGGAAACCUCCAAUGAAAGGAUCAGAAGAAGCUGACAAUUUUAAAAAAUCAUUAAAUUUAAAUGAAAAUGAUGAAAAAUAUUCAUCCUUAGUAAUUGGCAAGUUUUUACUAUUACAACCUGAAUCUUCAAAUAAAGUUACUGCAGGAUUAACUCAGCAAGAAAAUCAGUUUUUUACAACUGAAGCUGGUGUCGUAUUCAAAUCAAAAGAUGAAAUUUUCAAAAUAAAAGCUAAAUUGCUUGAAUUUAUAAAAUGCUCAUUUAGUGAUGAACAAAUGGUAUUUCCGUUACUUAUAGCAUCAUCCGACUCUUCAUCUUCAUUAAAUGAAUCGGCUGAGAUUUUAUUUAAAAAACUAAAUGUGAAUUAUGAUGAUGUUAAGAUUUGGAACAAUUCAUUUACAAAUUGUAUUUGUGAAUUAUUUCUUGGUACAAAAUCAAUUCCAGUUGCUUCAUCAUUGCAACUGAAAAUAUUACAAGUUUUAAUUAAAUGUGAUGUUAAUUCACAGGAUAUAACGAAAAUUUCCACCAUUGCCUUAGGUUCUGACGACUCCAGAUUACGUCGAUUAGGAAUUGAAUUUGUACUAAAACUCAGUGGGAAUGCAAAACUAGUUGAGUUUAACGAAAAUAUUGCUCAACAAUUGAGAAAUGGUAUUUUAUCUGAAGGUUGGCCUAGUAUGGAAUUAUCAAACACAACUAAUUAUCAUAACAAGAUCAAAGAUAGACAACUAAGAUACGAAACAAUUGGAAGUAUCUUAAAGACUUACCCAUCAAUUUUUUAUAAAGAUUGGUCAUUUAUAGAGUUUUUAUUCGAAUCUUUAGAUGGUGAUACUCCAGAAUUGCGAGUUUCGAUUCAAGACGCAUUAUCUGGUUUAACGUCUUAUUUAAAUCAAUUGUCUAAUGAGCAAAAGCUAAAAUUAAAACAAAUUUGCAAGAAAUCUUUAUCAAGUAGUAAAAAUGGUAGUACAAAGUAUAUUGCAGUUAAAUUUAUUAAUGCUACUUUCCCAUUUAAUGACCCAUAUGCAAGAUAUUUAUCAGUAUUAGGGACAAGUAAAGCGAGUUCACCUGAAACAAUCGAGGAAUCAUUGAAUGGUUUACAUCCAUAUUGGUUCAAUUUGUAUCAUAUUAAUAAUACAAAAGAAUUCAAAUCUACUUCAUAUUUGUUAGGUCAAGAAUCAACAGUUGAAUUUCCUAAAUUUAAAGAAUAUAUUGAUGUGAUUACAAGUGAAGAAGAAUUCUUGCCUAAAGCAGUGGAAUUUGGUGAACAAAUUUUAGUAAUGGAAUCUAUAAAGGAGAAAAAUACAGUUAUUGUACCAGAUCAAAAUUGGUCAACAAGAUUAGAAAAGGCAGUUGAAGUAAAUGAAGAAGUUAGAAAAUCAGUGAUUGAAAAAAUAUCUAGUGGUGAAAUUAAUGAAAGUUUAGUUAAAUUAUUGUCAUUGUGUAUUGAUCAUCCAUCACCAAUUACAUUAACAAUAUUAGCAAAAUUAAUCUCAUUCUCAUCAUCUAACGUCGUUGAACUGUUAAUGUUCAAAAUGGAAGAUCUUCUUGAUUUAUUAAGCAAAGCAAAUGAUGAUAUUUCAUUAAUUCAAGUUUGUAAAGUAAUUGGUAUAAUUGCAAGUCAUCCAAAUUAUGUCAAUGAAGAUUUAUUGAUUGAAUUUUCAAAUUCCAAAUCUAAAAAUGCAGUAAUUGCAGCAUGUUAUAUAAUUUCAAGAUUAACAUUGAGAGACAGCUUAGUCUAUUCAAAUGAAAUAUUAGAAAGAAUAGAAGACUCCUUGUUAAACCUACUCCAGGCAUCAAAUACAUACUCAAUAGCGUUAGAUGGUAUUUCACAAUUGGCAAUGUUUGGAUCAUUGAAAAAUCUGUUUAAAUUUAAAGAAAUAAUCAGAUCAAGAGUUAAGAAAAUUGAUGAAAAAUCUGUAUUAGCAUUGGCAUAUCUUACAUUAUUAGAUAAAAAAGAAGGUUUUGAAUUGACAAAAGAUGAACAAAUUAUAUAUGAUACUUAUGUGUCUAAACAAAUUGAAUAUAUUUUCACAUCAAGUGAAGCAUUAGUAAUUGCUACUUCGGGUUGGGAUUCAACCUUAUUACAAAAGCAAUUAGAUAUACCAGGUGAAUCAAUUAAACAUAUUAAUCAAGUUGAUAGAGUUUCAAUCAUACUUAAAUAUAUUUUUGAAGCUUGUCAAAACACAAAGCCUUCCCUUAGAAAAGCAGGAUGUAUCUGGCUAUUAUCCUUGGUUCAACAUUGUAAACAUUUCCCAAUAAUUAAAGAAAAAGCAACUGAAAUUCAUAUCACAUUUAUGAGGUUUUUAGGAGAUAAAGAUGAAUUAGUUGUUGAAAGUGCAUCUCGAGGAUUAGGUUUAAUUUAUGAAAUUGGUGAUGUUGAAUUAAAAGAUACGCUAGUCAAGUCACUAUUAAAAUCAUUUACAUCAUCGAAUACCAGUACAUUUACAGCUGGUACAGUUGAACAUGACACUCAAUUAUUUGAGCCAGAUUUAUUGAAAACUAAUGAUGGUUCAGUUUCAACAUAUAAAGAUGUUUUAAAUCUUGCUCAAGAUUGUGGUGAUCCAUCUUUAGUUUAUAAAUUCAUGAAUCUUGCCAAGUCUUCUUCAUUAUGGUCAUCAAGGAAAGGUAUUGCAUUCGGGUUAGAAAAUAUAUUAUCACAAUCUUCAUUAGAUAACUUAUUAACAAAAGAUACUAAAUUGUCAAGUAGGUUAAUUCCUAAAUUGUUUAGAUAUAGAUAUGAUCCAAAUUUAACUGUACAAACUUCAAUGAAUGAUAUUUGGAAUUCAAUAAUUAAAGAUACUGCAAAAGCAGUGAAUGCAAAUUUUACAAUUAUUUUGAAUGAAAUUUUAAACUCUAUGGGGAAUAAAGAAUGGAGAACUCGUCAAGCUAGUGCUGGUGCAUUAAAUGAUUUAUUACAAAUGGUUGAUUUAGAGAAAUAUGAACCUAGAUUGAAUGAAAUUUGGACAAUGAGCUUUAGAAUCAUAGAUGAUAUAAAAGAAAGUGUUCGUAAAGAAGGUACUAAAUUAACAAAAAAUUUAUCUAUUAAUUUAAUUAGAGAAUUAGAAAAAGGUUCAAAUGAUUCAAAUCAAUUAUUAGAAUUUUUAAUUCCAUUUUUAUUAGGUACUAAAGGUUUAUUAUCAGAUUCAACAGAAGUUAAAGAAUUUGCAUUAGAAACAUUAACGAAGAUUUGUAAAUUGAAAAAUCAAGCUAUAAAAGCAUAUAUUCCUGAAUUAAUUGAAAAUUUUAUAAAUUUAUUUUCAACUUUAGAACCAGAAAUUAUAAAUUAUUUAUAUUUAAACUCAAAUAAAUAUAAUUUGAAUAAUAAUGAUAUAGAUGCCAAAAGGUUGAAAAGUGUUGGUAAUUCACCGUUAAUGGAUUCAAUUGAAAAAUUAUUAAAUCAAUUAGAAGAUUCAAAUAUUGAAAAUUUUAUACAAAGGUUAGAAAAAUCAAUUAAAAGUUCAAUAGGAUUACCUUCAAAAGUUUCUGGAUCGAAAAUUAUAGUUGAUUUAAUUACAAAUCAUUAUGAAUUGAUAAAACCAUUUGGUGAUAAAUUGUUGGAAAUUUCUACUUCACAAAUAAAUGAUAGAAAUGAAACAGUGGCUACAAGUUAUGCUGCCUCAAGUGGAUAUGUUUGUAAAAUUGCCUCCAUAGAUUCAGUUGUCAAGUAUUCAAACAAAUUAAAUAAGAUGUUUUUCGGCAAUGAUGAAAAAGCUCGAGUAAUAAGUUCUGUUGCAUCUGAAUAUGUUUCAAGAUAUUCUGGUGAGAAGUAUGAAUCAGUUGCUAGUGCAUUCUUACCCUUGGCUUUUAUUGGUAAAAAUGAUGAAUAUAAAUCUGUUGCUUCCAACUUUGAAAAGGAAUGGAUAGAAAAUACAAGUGGAGGUAUAAGUUCAAUUAAAUUAUAUUUCAAUGAAAUUAUAGAUAUUAUAAAUGCUCAUUUCAAUACUAUUACGCAAUUUUCAAUAAGGAAAACUUUGGCAAAGUCUUUAAACGAGAUAUGUCAAAGAAUAGAUGAUGUAACAUAUUUGAACAGUGAAGUUAUGAAUAACAUUUUAAACCUUUUAAUUGUUUCAAAUAAAGGUAAAUCAUGGGAUGGUAAAGAAUUAAUAUUUGAAGCUUUGAUUGAAUUUAGUAUAUUGGCAAAAUCAUACAUUGUUGAACAUGAAUCAUUAUAUUUAGAUGUUAUCAAGACCAUAAAAGUUGAAAUAAAAAGAAAGAAUAAAAAUUAUCAAAAGCAAGUGAUUUUAAAUUGUGGUAAAUGGUUACAUUAUUAUCAAAAUGAAGAGAUUUUGGAUUUCUAUAUUGAAAUUUUAUCAAAUUUAAUUAACGACGUUACUGAUGAUGACGAUGAUGAAGAAAUGGAAGAAAUGAAUGUCAAACAAAACAUAGAAUUUGAAGAACAGAAAUUGACUUUAUUGAAUAAUUUACAAGUUGUGGUUAAAAAACCAAUAAAUCAUAAAUUACUACAAUUCAUAAUGGAGUCAUUGAUCAAUAUAUUCAAAUUGAAGAAUCUUGAAAAUACAUGGAGAUCAAAAUUGAAAGCAACUGAGAUAUUCAACAGUGUACUAAACAACUUGGAUGAAACAGAUGAUGCAUUAUUAUUAGAUACUUGGUCAUUUUUAAAAGACAAAUGUUUACUUGUUGAUUCAAUUGAAAAUGUUAAAAUUCAGUUUAUAAGGUUAUCAAAGAAUUUAAAUCAAUAUUUGAUCAAAAUUAACAAACCAACUGAUAUUAUAAACGAUACAUUAUCAGAAUUUAAAGAAAUAGAGAAAUCAAAUAUUAUAUUAACAGAGAUAAAUAAAUAG